AUGGAUCCAAGCAUAAUAGAGGUCGCCCUAAUCGGUGCAGGGCUUGGAAUCACCUCUCAUUUAGGUUACUUUAUUCGAGGCGAGUUCGUGGAAUCGGCUCCGCGCCUGUUAAUUGUUGCGCUUGCCACUCCGCCAGCAUCAGUGGCACUGCUCACGGCGUAUACUCAUUUAUCACUAGCGGGAGCUAUCAAGAUUACAACCAUUGGAUAUGGCGCCUACUCAGCUGCUUUAGUUACCUCGAUGGUUAUGUACCGAUUGUUCUUCCAUCCUCUUCGCCACUUUCAUGGGCCGAAGUUUGCGACAAUCACUCAGAUGUACCACGCAUAUCAGAUCUCUCAGGGCAAUAACUACGUGUAUCUGGCUCGAAUGCAUGCAGCAUACGGUGGCUUUGUCCGUAUUGGUCCCAAUACUUUGUCUGUUGCAGAACCUGACUGGGUAGAUCUGGUACAUAAUAGGCACACCCUUUUCAAGAAAGCAGACUGGUAUGAUCUGGGGAAGCCUCGAAUAAGUUUGCAGCAGAUACGGGACCCAGUACUCCACGAUAAACGACGGCGUCAUGGCUGGGACAAGGCAUUUACAGCGACUUCCUUGCGAGCAUAUGAUUCCCGAAUUGUAAAAUACGCUGAUAUCCUAGUCCUUCAACUUCGGAAGACUGGGCUACGCACUGUCAAUGUAACUGAAUGGUUUAACUCGUUCGCAUUUGAUGUUAUGGGUGAAUUGACCUUUGGUCGAGCCUUCAAGGCACUUGAAACCGGCAAAUCUCAUCCAGUGAUUGAUGCAAUUCAUGUAGCCAACACAAACGGAAGUAAUCUACAUUCACUACCCUGGUUAUUUGUAAUCAUGCUUCAACUUCUCCCAAAGAGCUUGAGUGGCUUCGGCCCCGUGCUAGCAUAUGGCGACAAGUAUGUGAAGGAGCGCCAAACCUACGAGCCGGAUGAGCCGGAUAUAAUGUCCCGCAUUCUUGGUGCAGGGCAAUUUUUCCCUAAUAAAAAGGAAGAAGAGGAUAUUUUAAAAAGUGAUUCAAGGCUUUUGAUCGUUGCUGGAAGUGAUACCACCGCCACAGCGUUGACUUUUGCGUAUUACCACUUAGCGAGGGACUCUUCUAUCGUUGAGAAGUUGCGAAAGGAGUUGAGCCAACAUCAUAUUACUGACCAAAAACAAUGCAACGUUCAACAACUACAGGAUCUGCCUUAUAUGAACGCAGUAAUCAACGAAGUUCUUCGGCUACAUCCUCCUGUGCCAAGCGGUUUCUUCCGUGAGACGCCUGCCGAAGGAGUCAACAUAGGCGGCCACUUUCUGCCUGGCGGAGUUAAACUACUGACUCCCCCAUACGUCAUUCAGAGAAGUCCUAAAGCUUUUGUAAAGCCCAACGACUUUCUUCCGGAACGUUGGACCACUCGUCCGGAGCUUAUCCUAAAGAAGGAGGCGUUUUUCCCCUUUCUGAUUGGACGCUUCUCAUGUAUUGGAAAGCAGCUUGCACUCAACGAACUUAGGCUAGUCCUUGCAAAGUUGAUUUUGGAAUUUGACAUCACUUUCGCCGAGAACGAGGACGGACGGGCUUUGCUUGAGGAAUCCAUUGACGGCAAUACAAUGGUACUUGCUAAGUUGAACAUUCAUUUCCAUAGCCGAAAGUAA